GUGAAGAACAUAAACAUGAGUCAAUAUUUGUAAAAUUCGGUCGAAAUCGAAACGUACGUCAACUCGUAUAAGGAGAAUUAUUUAGCUGAUCUUGUUGAAUUAUUAGUUCCUCAUGCACAAACAAAUAAUGAUAUCGAUUAUAUAGAACGAUUUGAUAAUGAAGAUGGCACAAAAAAAAAAAAAGAUGCCAAGAAAACUGAAAAUAAUUGACGGGCCUUCAUUUUUAAAUGAAGAUCAUUCAAACACAAAAACUAAUGCAGAUCUUCAAGCUUUAUAAUCUGAAGGCGAAGAAAUACCACCGGCUAAGUUUGCAAACGUUCAAAUCGAUACAAGCUUUGCAAAGCGAACACAAUUACAAUUAAAUACAUUUAAGCCAAUUAUGUGUGAGAAAUCUUUACAAUUUGAUACGAAUAGAUCGGAAGAAGACACAUAUUUCGAUAUAUAUAAACCAUAUAUAAAAACAGUAAAUAAACGACAGCGUAUCGUGUUAAUUCAAAAUAUUUUUAAAGCUAUAGUUACGACUUUAGAUGACUGUAGAGACUUCAAUGACUCUGUAAUUGAAAGUCCACAAAGUAAAAAAUUUAAAAAGAAAACAGUUGAAAAUAAAUCUUAUUCAGUACCAAUAGGACCAGGAGCCAGACUCGCACCAAGAGUAUCAUAUACAGUUUCGGAAAGAGUAGAUGGUGCUACGACUGCUAUGGCAAUUAUUCAAAAAUCGACUCUACCAAUUUUUACGGUACAUGCAAAUAAUGCUAGAGCAAUUAAUAAUUUUAGUCAUAGCCUCUUAAGACAAAAUGCACCACAACCACCAUCUGACAACAACAAUUCUGACGACGAAUUUACUGGUAUUAUAAGAACGGAUGAGUUGGGGCUAUGGAUAAAGGACGAACCACUUGACGAUUAUGAUUUGUAA